AAGUAUCGUAAUUGAAUUGCGCGCCUUAACCUAAUUUUAACGUGACAGAUGUUGCUUCCUUUUCUUAAUUAUUCUAAAUCAUCCGAAAUGUGCACAAAAAAAGUGCGUGAAUGGCUGGUCUUGCUCACCAUGGAGAAGUACGUGCGUUGCUUUACAGAACGUGGAUACAUAACUAUUGCUCAAUGCAAACAGAUUUUGACUAGCGAUCUCAUCUUGUUGGGCAUUGAUGACCCAAACCAUCGCCAUCUACUCUUAACAGGCGUGCAGUUGCUCAUCAAUUCACCUAAGCUUUUUACUUGUCCCGAGCCCUGCGAGUUGCAUUUGACAGGUGCAGACCAAAACUUGACCGAAGAUUUCUUGGAUACCUGCCAAAUUGAUUUGCAAGCUGUGGAUACUUCUUUUAGCUCUCUUCCAAGAACUAAACGUGAACGCAAGUUAAGGGUGAAGAAAGUUAAGGAUAAACAGUGUGCUGUCAAUAUUACAGCAAAUUUUACGUGCGUCGCUUGUCCACAUUUACAAUUCGGCCAGCUUUUUGAAUUGGACCAACAUAUUUCUGACCUAAAGCAGAGUGAUGAUCCUUCGGCGUCUGAGCAUAAAUAUGGCGACCUCAUUAGCAAUGUACAAGAGGCUACACCCAUUGUACUAAUGGAAUAACUUUCAAGUCAAAAA